AUGGGUGUUAUAGACAACGAGGUCCAGCGGCUGCACGAUGUCGUCUCCGCCCUCGAGAGACGUGUCGAGAAGCUCGAGGAGCGCCAGACCGGCGAGGCCAAGCCCACCGACGGCGUGCGCAUGAUCCUCAUGGGCCCUCCCGGCGCCGGAAAGGGAACCCAAGCCCCCAAGAUCAAGGAGCGAUUCUCGUGCUGUCACUUGGCCACCGGUGAUAUGCUCCGAUCCCAGAUCGCCAAGAAGACCUCCCUCGGCAAGGAGGCCAAGAAGAUCAUGGACGCCGGCGGUCUUGUCAGCGACGACAUUGUCAUUGGCAUGAUCAAGGCCGAGCUCGAGACCAACAAGGAGUGCAAGGGCGGAUUCAUCCUCGACGGCUUCCCGCGCACGAUCCCCCAGGCCGAGGCCCUCGACAAGAUGUUGGCCGAGAAGAAGUCGCCGCUGCAGCACGCCGUCGAGCUGCAGAUCGACGACGCCCUGCUGGUCGCCCGCAUCACCGGCCGCCUCAUCCACCCGGCCUCGGGCCGCUCCUACCACUCGACCUUCAACCCGCCCAAGGAGCACAUGAAGGACGACGUGACCGGCGAGCCCCUGGUCCAGCGCUCCGACGACAACGCCGACGCCCUCAAGAAGCGCCUCGUCACCUACCACGCCCAGACCAGCCCCGUCGUCGGCUACUACAAGAACACGGGCAUCUGGAAGGGCAUCGACGCCAGCCAGGAGCCCGGCACGGUCUGGAAGAGCCUGCUGAACAUCUUCGACGCCGACAAGAAGAAGAGCACCAUCCUCAGCAAGCUGACCGGCAACUAG